UUGAUGCGACAGUGGGAGUUGACAGGGAGUGUCCCCAACCCUGUCUGAGCUCCCGGAGAGCUGGGACGGGGCCACAGUCCUGCCCCGUCCCAGGCACUUCUGCCCUAAGUUGUGAAUGAGCGAAGGGCUGGAUCCCGGCUCUUUGGAGCAACGCCUGCCCUGAGCCUGGCGGGCCUCCUCCGUGUGUCGCCUCCACGGGAACCGUGUGUGCGAGAGCCCAGUCACAGCCUGUCCGGCAGUGUGAUCUCGUGUCCAAGGUCCGCUGUGCAAACAGAGCGGGCAAAACACAGCUGUGAAGCAAAGGCCACCCCCCCCCCACCCAUCUUUUAACGCAGUGCAAAUGCUUACAAACAGGCCAGUGAACACCAGCCCGGGUCUGGAUGCAGGGCCGCCUGCACCCAGUGCUCACUGACUGUGCUGCUGUCCCCAGAUGGGGCCGACACAGAGAAGUUCCGGUGGUAAGGAGCCCUUCCCAAAUAUAGGAGGAAUAAAGAAGUUACUUCCGCAGCUGUCAGCACCUUCCAACGGGUUGAGCAAAAAUAUUUCAGACGCUGCAGAGAAGACAAUCCCUCCAACCCUAGACGAUGACCAGCCAUGUGACUUUCUCAAGAGAGGGAGUGGGGUGAAUGAAUCUCACCAGAAAAGCAGCGUUAUGGAUGCUGGCCCAUCUUGGACUAAAGCGCCACGUGGGAAGGACUCUUCGGGAAAAGGGCAGAGUGAGCCCCGAGCCGCCCGCGCGCCCCCCGGACCCGAGAGCAGCCCCCCGGGGGUCUCCGGGCCGGCUGCGGAGGAGCCCGGAGGCCGCGUUUCCCCGGAAGGCAAAGCCGCGAGGAGCCCGCUGGGGGCGGCGGGGAGCAAGCUGUUUCUCGCCGUGCGGUCGAUGGGCAUCCUGAAAGGAGAUGCGGACGAGGACAGCGCCAGCGACCUCUCGGACUCGGAGCGGAUCCCCAUCGCUCCUUCGCCGCGCACGCCUCCAGAUCUCCGCCUGCGGGCGGAAGAAAUCGACCCGGCCUGCUUCGAUCUGGACCUUCACCCGGGUCAGGGCCACGCGAGGGCCCAGUACUGCUACCCGGACUUCCUCCCGCCGCGAUGUAGCGCCUGGGACCUGCGGGGCAUGGCCAUGCUUGUGCACGCGGAGCGCAGGCCCGGCGCCGUGCCGCGCACGGGCGGGCUGCUGGGCAGGUUCGUGGACCGGCUGCUUCAGCUCGAAUGGCUGCAGAUCCAGACCGUCCAGGGCGAGAGGGCCAAGGGCGGCAAGGCCCGGCUGCCUGCCGCGCCCGGGGGCGCCCUGCAGAGCCCCGGGAGAGGUAAGCUCCCCGCCGGGGCUGCGCCCAGGCCCCCCCAGGACGGGGCCCCCAAGCCGGGCCCCGCGCGAAAGAAAGGCCUUCCCCGCACACAGGGCGUGCCGGCCUGCUACCCCUUCGAGACGCCCCCCAGGCCCCCGGAGGCGCUGAGUGGCAGCAGGCUGGGCUCCCAGAAGCAAACCCUGGACGCGCGGGCCGAGGAGAAGAAGAGCGCUAGGAGCCUGCGGCCGCCGCGCUGGCACCCGGCGGGCGGGGACGGCAGCCUCGCCAUGGAGAGCAGCGGCAACCUCCGCACCCCCAGACCGGCCGCGCCCGCGCCGGACGCCGCCGACGCCCGCAGGGCCUCCGGGCCGCAGGCGCACGCGCACCUGAAGAAGAAGGGAAACGCCCACAGCCGCGGCCACGCCCCCCUGUCCGGGGAGAAGAAGCUCAGGACGAGCGGAGGAAAGCAGAGCGCACAGAAACUCACGUAGC